AUGCCUCAGAUUAAUCCGCUUUCCACCUCGGCCGCGGCCGACGAGGCCCUCCGCAACACCUUCCAGAUCGUUCACGCCUUCCUUGCGGAACAUGCUCCCUCGGCCGCGCAGUCCCUUGCUGCUACGAUGCCCGAUUCGCCCGCGCCACCCCGUACGCUCGCCUCUGCGCUGGUCGACCACGUGCGCAACUCUCCGCGUCGCUCAUGGCCGGGUCUCGCCGCCGCACCCGAACCCGCCGCGGCCACGCCCAUGGACGAAGACUCGUCCGACUCUUCCUCCUCCAGCUCCUCCUCCAGCUCCGACAGCGACGAAGACAGCGACAGCGAUUCGGAUUCCGACAGCGACAGUGAUUCGGAUAGCGACGAUAGCGAUGACGAGGACGACCGCAAGCUCAAGGCGACCCGCAACGAGCCGCCGCACCAGGACACAGAUGUCGCCAGCAGCACGGUGGUCUCCGACUCGCAGGACGAGGCCGAGGCUCAGCUGCCCAGCAACGGCGUGGCUACGCCGACUCGGGCUAGCUCCACAGGGCCUACGAACAAGAGGAAGAGGGAGGCGACCCCGAGCGAUAGCUCGAGCGACAGUUCGGACGAUUCGAGUGACAGCGAUAGCGAUAGUGAUAGCGAUAGCAGCAGUGACGAUGGCGAGGAGAGCGAUGACGAGUCGAGCGAUUCGGAUAGCGAUGACGACGAGGAUGAGGUGGAGGUGACGAAGGUUGAAGUUGUCGAAAAGGAGGUGGACUCGGAUUCAGAUUCGGACGAUUCGGAUUCGAGCUCGGAUUCGUCCGACUCAUCGAGCGAUGAGGAUGAGCAGGACAAGGUGACGGUUCAGAGGGUCGAGGUGGUGCAGGUGGACUCGGAUUCAGACUCGAGCUCGAGCUCGGACUCGGACUCGGACUCGGAUUCGUCCGACUCGUCGAGCGACGAAGAGGAAAGGAGAGAGGUGGCUGUCAUCGAGUCCACCCCGCUCGAUGACGAUGACGACUCAUCCGACUCUUCUGACAGCAGCGACUCGUCUUCUUCCUCUGGCUCCGAUUCGGGCUCGGACUCCGAUUCGGACUCGAGCAAGAGCGGCUCAUCCUCCUCAUCGUCGGACUCGAAUAGAGACAGCUCCUCCUCAUCCUCCGCCGCCUCCCCCUCACCCAAAGGCCCGCCUUCGAAGCGUCAAAAAGUCGUGUCUCCACCUGCCACACCUACACCUCUCCCACCCGCCCCCUCCUCCUCGCGCAAAUCCCAGCCGAACAGCACCCAGAACACCCCCUUCCAACGCGUCAAAGCCGACAAGGUGACCUACCUCCACGAAGGCAUGCGCGACAUGUCGUACGCCGGCAAGCUCGGCGUCAACGGCGACGAGUACGGCGCUCGCGCCUCCCGCGAUCUCAUUGUGACACGAGGAAAAGGGUUCACCAAGGAGAAGAACAAGAAGAAGCGCGGAAGCUACCGGGGUGGUGCCAUCGAUGUUUACGGUAGUCACUCGAUCAAGUUUGAUGAUGACGAGUAG